GAACUCAUCGUCGCGGCGACACAGAGCUAGCUAGCUACCCUUCCUCGCAGUCCCAUGGAGAUCAUGAACGAUCGGCCCAGCGCCGGCGCCGGCGCCCACGUCCUCCUCGUGCCGUUGCCGGCGCAGGGCCACAUGAACCCGAUGCUCCAGUUCGGCCACCGCCUCGCCUACCACGGCCUCCGCCCCACGCUCGCCGCGACGCGGUACGUGCUCUCCGCCACGGGCCCGCCGCCCGGCGAUCCCUUCCGCAUGGUCGCGUUCUCCGACGGCUUCGACGCCGGCGGCAUGGGCUCGUGCCCCGACCCGGUCGAGUACUCCAGCCGCCUGGAGACCGUCGGGUCGGAGACGCUGGCGCGGGUCAUCGACGACGAGGCGCGCGCCGGGAGGCCACCGGCCGUGCUCGUGUACGACCCCCGCAUGGCGUGGGUGCCCCGGGUGGCGCGCGCUGCCGGCGUCCCGACGGCGGCGUUCCUGUCGCAGCCGUGCGCGGUGGACGCGGUCUACGGCGAGGUGUGGGCCGGGCGCGCGCCGCUGCCGGUGAAGGACGGGAGCGACCUCCUGCGCCGCGGGGUGCUCAGCGUCGACCUCGCCCCGGCGGACGUGCCGCCGUUCGUCGCGGCGCCGGAGCUGUACCCCAAGUACCUCGACGUCUCGAUCCGGCAGUUCGAGGGCCUCGACGACGCCGACGACGUGUUCGUCAACUCGUUCCACGACCUCGAGCCGGUGGAGGCAGCGCACAUGGAGUCGACAUGGCGGGCCAAAACCGUCGGCCCCACGUUGCCGUCGUUCUUCCUCGACGAUGGCCGGCUGCCGUCGAACAAAGCCUACGGCAUCAGCAUCUUCAGCGCGGCUGGCAACGCGCCGCCGUGCAUGGAAUGGCUUGACAAGCAGGCUCCUGGCUCGGUUGUGCUUGCGUCCUAUGGCACAGUCUACAGCCUUGACAGCGCCGAGCUCGAGGAGCUCGGCAAUGGCCUCUGCAAUUCCGGCAAGCCAUUCCUCUGGGUGGUGAGGUCGAAUGAAGAACACAAGUUGUCCGAACAACUCCGUGAAAAGUGCAAGGAGAAGGGGCUAAUUGUGUCUUGGUGCCCCCAGCUUGAGGUCCUGAAACACAAGGCAACAGGUUGUUUCUUGACGCAUUGUGGAUGGAACUCGACGAUGGAAGCAAUCGCGACCGGUGUGCCAAUGGUGACAGUACCGCAGUCGGCUGACCAGCCGACCAUAGCGAGAUACGUGGAAACCGCAUGGGAGAUUGGUGUGCGUGUAAAGCUACACGAGAAAGGGUUGGUCAGAAAGGGGGAAGUGGAGACAUGCAUCAAGAAAGUUGUGGAUGGGAAGAGGGGUGCAGAGUACAAGAAGAAUGCUGCUAAGUGGAUGCAAAAGGCGAAGGCAGCAGCGCAGCAAGGUGGCAGUUCCGACAAGAAUAUUGCUGAAUUUGUAGCCAAAGCAUCUCCAAGAGGUAUGGUAGCGCAUACGAGAUAGUUGCGAUGGCCAACCAUUAAACUUCUGAGCGUGGAGCUGGGGCCGGAGGACGUGCCCUCGUUCGUGAACGCGCCGGACUCGUACCCGCCGGUGCUGGAGCUGGUGCUGAGCCAGUUCGAAGGGCUGGAGACCGUCGACGACGUGCUCGUCAACUCGUGCCAUGAACUUGAGCCAAAGGAGGCAGAUUACAUGGCAUCAGCAUGGCGUUUUAAGACGAUUGGACCGACUGUGCCAUCGUUCUACCUGGAUGACGAUCAGUUGCAGCCUAACAAGACAUAUGGGUUCGACCUUUCUGACAGCACUUCACCUUGCAUUGCGUGGCUCGAUAAUCAGCCCGCUUGCUCUGUUGUUUACGCUUCCUAUGGAACUGUGGCUGACCUCAACGCAGCCCAGUUAGAUGAGCUGGGCAAUGGACUUUGCAAUUCUGGUAAACCGUUCAUUUGGGUCAUCAGGUCCUGCGAUGAACACAAGCUGUCAGAGGAACUCCGUGACAAGUGCAAGGAGAGGGGCCUGAUUGUUUCCUGGUGCCCCCAGCUCGAGGUCUUAUCUCACAAGGCCACAGGCUGCUUCUUAACGCACUGUGGAUGGAACUCAACAACAGAAGCAAUUGUUAUUGGCGUUCCACUGUUAGCAAUGCCUCAGUGGACAGACCAACCGACUACAGCGAAGUACAUCGAGAGCGCAUGGGGAAACGGUGUACGCUUGCAGCGGGACAACAACGAAGGCAUGGUGAGGAAAGAAGAGGUGGAGAGAUGCAUCCGAGAAGUCCUAGAGGGUGAGAGGAAAGCAGAGUACAGGAAAAACGCUGAUAAGUGGAUGAAGAAAGCGAAGGAAGCAAUGAAGGAAGGGGGCAGCUCGAGUAAUAAUAUUGCCAUGUUCGCCGCGAAGUACACUUCACAUUGACAUGGAAUAGCUUUUGUACUGUUGCGGAUGUAUAUUAUUUGGAUAUCUGGUUACAGCGAAAUUGUUUCGAUCUCUGGUUAUGACCAAGGGAGAAGACAAAAAUAGUUCUACUAUGUUAUUGGUAAAAAAAUUAUUUACUAGCUGAUUGAUUAACGAUUUUGAUACGGCGUAUGGAAUAUGCCAAACUUCAACUGUAAGAUGCCAAAAGAAUAUGUCCGAUCUUUGAAUUAUUAUGUUGGAUAUUUUCGGAAAUAAAAUCUCCUACUAAA